AUGGCCAAACCAGCAAAAACAUCAGUUAAGGGAACCCGUCAGGCCUGCGAUGCCUGCCAUUUUAAGAAGAUCCGCUGUCUACGAGCUUCAGCAGCAGGAGAGCGGCUUUGUCAGAGAUGUGAUCGUGAAGGAAUUCCAUGCGUCUUCAGUCCCGCGCUGAAGACCGGCAGGCCGAGAAAGGCGGCGGCGUCAGAGAAACGGUCAAGUUCAAAGUCGACAUCACAACCAUCAUCCGAUACAUCGGCAAGCAACAGCCCCUCAUUUUCCGGAAUGCCUGAUUCACAUCAACACGCAUCAAAUUUCGAGAACUCUGCAAUCCCCUGGGACGAAAUCGAUGCCGGCACGGUUUGCUUCCUGUCGAUGGACUGCCCAUUUCACCUCGACGAAGCAUUUACGGACCUGAAAACCGCCGAAAGCCCCCAGCUAAUGGUCUUGAUGAGGCUCGAGCAGCUAACUGCCUUCCAACAACAACUCGUGGCUAAGAGGAGAGAACAUGGCCCUGUCUUUUCAAAGCACCCACGCGUCGACGCCUCCCCCGCUGUCCAAGAACUGCUGCAAAUCACCCGGAAAGUGGGCAAGUUCAGUACAUGGCUGAUGAUGGGCGGCUCCAAGUUCGCCUCUCGAAGACCCAUGCUGAGCUCCAUGUCAGACGAGACGGCUUUGAUGAUGGUUGUGUCGCCUGCCACGCUCGUCCUGGAUGUCUUUGGAGAUAUUCUUGAGCUAGCAUUCCCAUCGCUUAAGGACGGGUACACGGAACCUGAGAUUGCCGCUUCUGAUGGCGAAGAAAGCCUCUGCACGAUCAAUCCGGCGCUUCUGUCUGUCUCGGAUAGAGUAGAGACUUGCCAGUCAAUGUCGAUGAUUCUCCCGAACGUGGGAGCUGUCCAUGACCUUGCGAACCCAGUUUGCAUCUACAUCCUCCUCACGGCGCUUCAAGAACAGCUGGAUGAUAUGCGGAGAGCAGCCGAUAUGACUUUGAACGCGUUCCCUCGUAUGAAUUCAGCUACGGGAGCCCAAGGUUUGCUGCCUGUUAUAAUGGACCAGUACCUGGAGAAGAUUCGUUUUGUUCAAGAAUACAUCAAUCGAGCAAACGGUGACAACCUGAUGACCGGAAUCAAUUGA